CCUCGGCAUAGCCCUUGAAUCGAGUGGCGUUGCUGCCAAGACUGAUUAGUCAUUAGUGGAACUGGAUGCCUUGUUGUUACCUGAAAAAUUCGGCACCCCCCCGUUUUCCUGAGGAACCUACACCCUUCAGUGUGCCACUGUGAAGAACUGCAAGAUCGACAACUUUACUUUUUUUUUUUUUUUUUAUUUGAUAAUAUCGCACUCAUUUUUGACUUGUGAUCCUCACGAAUCUCGAACCUUUGGAAAGCAGCUACCAUCUACGAGCGUUCCGUUCUUAGCUCGUCCUUCAUCUAUCCAAACAACCCGCCUCAUCCCAAUUGACGGCGGGGUCCACUACGAUAUGGGAGACGGUUCUGAUUAUCCUAGCCCACGAAGCGAAGGUCCCGGCGGGCCUGCAACUGUCCUUGUCACUGCCCAAGAACCUAUCCCUCCAGCACCAAAAAUGACUGAUCAACUGUCUCCAAAUUUUAUGGAAGGAGCUCGUCCGCGACUGUCGGUGAGACGGGCGCGAGAUCCACCCAAGAACGCUGCAGGCCAGAUCUAUUGCGACCAUCCUGAGUGUCAGCACGCGCCUCCGACGUUCCGCCGCCCAUGCGAAUGGAACAAGCACAUGGACAAACACGACCGCCCUUACAAGUGCUUAGAACCUGGAUGUGACAAGAUCCAGGGUUUUACGUACUCCGGUGGCCUUUUGAGACACCAGCGCGAAGUACACAAGAAGAAUAUAAAUGCGAAGAAACCUCUGAUGUGCCCGUAUGCCGACUGUAAUCGCAGCACAGGCAACGGAUUUACGCGUCAAGAGAACCUAAAGGAACAUCUUCGACGCCGUCAUAUGCAUACCGACAAUGGCCACGCGUCGGAACUACCUAUUGUGCCAGUGCCGGAACUGGAUGGUACCACGGCCCUGCCAGUCACUUCGCCUGUCAAGCGGAAGCGCGACUCGAUCGAUUCGGUCGAAAUUCCCGACGAAGAAGAAAACGGCGUGGACCUACGAAAUGAAAUCAAGAGACUACGACGCGAAGCCCAAAUGAAGGAUCGGCGGCUGGAGGAGUUGGAAAGAAUCGUUGCGGACUUGCAGCAGAGAAUUCCGCAGACUGCAGUCUCGCAGGGAUAGGUGUCGGAUUGUGGUCUCAUGAGAAAUAUCAGUUUGCAAUGCAUGUUAUCUCCUCCACGAGUUGACAUGGCUUUCUUUCUCUUUUCAUUUGGCUUUGGUUUUUACCCCUUUGUUACUUUUGCUUUGCAUUCCACGGGCGUUUUCACAUGCAGAGUGCGGGCCUUCAGGUUUGCGUUCAAUGUUUACAACAUCAGUGGGUGGUUUAUAUGGAUCGAUCUACAUCUCAGAACGCGUGGUUUACAACAGGCAG